UCUCCGCAACGCUUCGACCGUAUAACUCUCUUCUGGGGCGAACCACGUACUAUAGACGAUGAAGACUAACUCUGUUGUUCGCGUCCUCCUCGUUGGUCUGGCCUUUGUUCAAUGCAACGAAGUCAAGUACAAAGACUGUGGUUCCACAGCCAAAAUACUGUCGGUGGAAAUAGAGCCGUGUGACUCUGAGCCGUGUGUCUUCAAGCGUGGAAAUGAAACCACCAUCCGGUUGUCAUUGGUUUCAGACCAGGACAGUGAGACCGCUACGCUGGACGCCAGGAUGAAAGUGCUUGGCAUGUGGUUGCCAAUUCCCGGUCUGGAGAAAAACCUGUGCAAGAGCACCAUUCAGUGUCCCAUCGUGAAGGGAAACACCUACCACGGAUCAAUGACCGUGAUCGUGCCACGAUUGAUACCCUCUGUUUCAACUGACGUGCAGAUCAAGAUUGCGGGCGACAAAGGAGUGAGCGUCUGUAUCAGAAGCGCAAUCACCAUCGCGUAAAGCUUUCUACGCACAUAUCUCGCUCGACGCCAUCGUAAUCAGGUCCCAUUGUCACCGCAAACUGUGAUGCGUGUUCCAGGCAUCGCUCCUGGCGCCCUGAGGACGCGCUUCUUUCUCCUCGUAAAUAAGGGCUGUGAAUUUUGGGCCUCAAUAAAAGUACCA